AGAGAUUGGCGCUCAAGGCUUUUGUGGACCACCAGGCCCACCUGGCAAAAUGGGCCCCAGAGGAGUUAAAGGUGUCUUAGGAGUUAAAGGACCUCCCGGUCAUCAAGGUGAACUGGGUGCCAGAGGCGCAGCUGGACCACAGGGAGAGCCUGGUCCUGAUGGAGAAGUUUGGUUUCCCGGUGUUCGUGGCCCUCAGGGAACCCCAGGACCAGAUGGACCUCCAGGUCCUAAAGGAGACCUUGGUGAUCCAGGAGAUGAAGGGGACAUUGGAGAACCUGGACCCCCUGGUCUUAAUGGAGCCAAUGGGAAUCCAGGAAAGCCUGGACCCUCAGGUGAUCCUGGGGCAAAAGCCAAGCGAGGUGAGAAGGGUAAUCCAGGGUUCAAUGGAGACCUGGGACCUCCAGGGCCUCCGGGUAAGCAAGGAUUUAAGGGGCGUCGAGGCCCUUCAGGACUUGAGGGAUUUGGAGGCCCGACUGGGUCACCAGGACUUCCUGGAUCCAGUGGCUUUGAUGGCAUCAUGGGGGAGCAAGGGAAACAGGGAAACGAUGGACUGAAGGGAGAUCGAGGGCCAAAUGGUAGUCAAGGAGUUCCUGGGCCUCGAGGUGACAAGGGACGAGAGGGUCAAGCAGGAUUUUCUGGGUUGCCAGGUCCCAUUGGAGCGAUGGGGAUAUCUGGAGAGAGAGGACGUGAAGGAGAACCUGGUAUUAAGGGAAUGAAUGGAUUCCUUGGAGUGACUGGACCUAAAGGCCCAAAGGGAUUUCAAGGUCCCUCAGGUAACAGGGGUCAGGAUGGACCUCAUGGAGCCCUGGGACGCAUUGGUGCAAAUGGAAAUAAUGGCGACUCUGGAUUUCCAGGACCAAAAGGAUUGCCGGGGAAGACAGGAGCUCCUGGCCUCCAAGGACCCGUAGGGAUGAGUGGAGAAGCUGGCAGCAGAGGAUCAAAGGGGACACCAGGAAAGCAAGGACAGAGAGGGGUUAAAGGUAAAGAAGGCCCAGGAGGGCUUCAAGGAAGUGAAGGCUUAAAGGGUAAGAGAGGUGAGGAGGGACCAAGGGGGAAACAAGGUCGCACAGGUGAGAUGGGCAUGCCUGGACCACAAGGAUACAGAGGAUCUUCUGGUAUCCAGGGUAACAUUGGACCAUGGGGUGAGGUUGGGCCCCAUGGCCUUCCAGGUGACCAGGGGCCACAAGGUCCUGUUGGACCGCUUGGAGUUACAGGUUACCCAGGUAAAGAUGGGCCUCAGGGAACAUCUGGAUCCGCUGGUGUCAAAGGAGAAAAGGGAUCUAGAGGAGCUUUUGGGCAGGAAGGAGUUGCUGGUCUCGAUGGUGAGGAGGGUCCAGUUGGACUGAAGGGACCUGAGGGGCUUGCUGGACGAAAAGGCAUCUCUGGUGACAAGGGAAACACUGGGCCUCCUGGACAGAAAGGGCCAAAGGGAGCUGAAGGCAACAGAGGCAACCAAGGGCCACAGGGAGCAAAGGGGCCACCAGGGAAACAGGGAUACAGGGGUUCACCAGGGGAUCAAGGAAAACAUGGAGUGCCAGGGCUCAAGGGUGAGCCAGGUACCAGAGGCUCAUCAGGCAUGCCUGGACAGUUUGGACCAGGGGGCAACACUGGGGGAGCCGGGGUCAAAGGCCAAAAGGGGUUCCGGGGACACACUGGCCCCCCAGGCAGUAUAGGACCUGCUGGACAAAUUGGACCAUCAACACCAGGUUUGCCAGGCAAGAGAGGUGUUGAGGGAAAAACUGGAAUCCCUGGACCAAAGGGCAGUCACGGUGAGAAGGGCAAGCGCGGUCUUCAAGGCAUCACAGGAGACAUGGGCAUUAGAGGUCAAACAGGGGCGAAAGGAGAGCCGGGGACAAGAGGCACAAUGAGAACUGUGGGGAAGAUGGGGUUCAUUGGCACUUCAGGUGCUAAAGGUCGACCUGGACCUGCUGGUCCUCCCGGUCUUCUGGGAACUAAAGGAAGCCAGGGGCCAAAAGGAAAAGGAGGCCAGCCUGGAAGGAAAGGAAAUAAAGGAACUCCUGGAAAAACUGGAGCUGAAGGCCCGCCGGGUAGACCAGGACCUGUUGGACAACCUGGGAAACCUGGCGUAAGCGGUUUGGAUGGGUUACUAGGGGUUGAGGGUAAUGAAGGAGAUCCGGGGGAUAUUGGUUUCAGAGGCGCUCCUGGAACACCUGGCAGGCCUGGCAAAAUGGGAAAUCCUGGAUCUCCUGGGAUCAGUGGGAACAUUGGAGCACCAGGGUUCAAGGGAAAAGCUGGACCAAACGGAAAAGGACUACCUGGACCAAUGGGGCCAAAGGGUAUUCCAGGACUGAGAGGAGAGAAGGGCAGGUCUGCAAUUACUGGUCCAAAGGGUCUCCUAGGUGACAUGGGAACACCUGGACCAAUCGGGCCACCUGGGCUAAAGGGGAACCCUGGUUUGCAGGGCCUGAAAGGUCAAAGAGGUCAUAAGGGAAAGAAGGGGGGUACAGGUCCUCCUGGUCCAAUUGGGGGAAAAGGCUUUCUUGGACUCACCGGCCAGCUUGGAAAGAAGGGAAUGAAAGGUGUCGAAGGCAGCAGAGGACCAAAGGGAGUGAAGGGCAAGCGUGGACCUCCAGGAAAACCAGGUUCCUCAGGCAAGCACAGGCAUUCACAAAAGCAGGAAUCAAGGCCUGAGCCAAAACCAGGUCAAGGAAAUGAACUAAGGCCAAAAACAAGACCCAGUACAAGAUCAAAACUGAAAAAUGUGCCAAUAUCAAGACAAACACCCAGCCUCCUGAAGCUAAGGGAAGGGCAAAAAAAAUGGCCCAGGUCAGUGUCCAGGAGAUGGUCUGACGUAGAUGAGGCUGAAGAAUCCUUCAGCUGGCCGCAGGGAACUAAAGACGAUCCUGCCACCACCUGCUACGAGCUGGGACUCAUACACCCACAUCUGAAUGACGGUUACUUUUACAUGGACCCCAAUCAAGGCUGUCCCUAUGAUGCUGUGAAGGUAUUCUGUAACUUCACAGCAGGAGGAACAACCUGCAUUGACCCUUUACAGUCUCAGAUUAAACUACGUUGGGAACCAAUGAAGAAGAAAUCAAAACUGCCUGUCCAGUGGUUUAGUCAGCAGCACGGUGAAAACAAGUUUGAGUAUGCUGGUGUGGACAUUGUCCAGCUGAGGUUUCUACGGUUACACAGCCACACAUCUUUCCAGAACAUGACUGUCACGUGUACAGCAAACCAUUCCAGCACUGCUGGAACAACCCAUUCAGCCAAUAGGAUUAUUCACUUCCUGGGAGACUCUGGCAAAGAAAUUCUUUCACACCUAACCACAGUUUACAGAAAAGGCUGUGAGACCGGGGUGGUUGUGAUGGUUCGGGGGAGCACGGAGCCGCAUCGAGGUGAUAUGGAGUUACUUCCUGUCAGGGAUCUGGGUGUAGAGAUGAGGUCGCUAUCUCCCCUUGUCCCGGAAAUCACUGUUGUUUUGGGACCCCUCUGCUUUUUGUGACCUGUGUGUGAUUGUGUGUGUGUGUGUGUGUGUUUGUGUGUGUUUUGCAAGUGUGAUUAAAUGAACUGUAAAUAUCUCUUUUAUUUAAUAAGCAGGGAUAUAUGGUGUCUAGAUAUUUUACAUAAAAUAAUUUUGUUCAGAUUAAUUUGCUCAGUGAAGUACUGUUUUGUGUAUAUUUAUUGAAUUGUCACAUGCUGAAUGAGUUGUUAGAUUUUAUCAUAUGAAGCAUUGAAUGGAUUGUUAUCUAAUGUUUAUGCAGCACCUAAUUGUAUUUGUUUUAAGGAAAUUGACUAGGAAGUAAGUGUUUAUAUCACAUCUCAGUGUAGUUGGUGUCUCAUCAUCCUCAAAGGUGGAGGAUGUACAGCACUAUCAAAAUAAAAGUAUGACAUUGAACAUGUGGAAUAAAAUCUAGCCGUGCACAUCUGUUGUAGUUUUACUGAACCUGCCUGCACCAUGCACUAGAUGCUCAACUUAAAAAUGGGUAUUAUUUAGAAUGUAGGUUAUAGCGUAGAUUUUUGCUCUUACCUCUGUGAUAAUUAAGCUGUAACUGUUUUUUAUUUAUGUGUAGGUUGCGCUCUUACACCAAUCAAGUUUACCACUUGCUGCUGCCUUUCAAUGUGCCAUGUCAUGAUAGAAAACACAAUUACCCAGAAUGUAUACAUUUAUAAGAAUUAUGUUUGCUUCAUUCAUGUGCGUAGAAGAUGAGUUUUGUUACAUACACAAUUGGAAAUGAAACACAUCUGUCCAUCUAAGACAGCUAGUGUUGUCCCAUUUAUUUGAGCCCUACUGUGACUUUCUACUCUUUUUUGUAGAAUUGUUGU